GUGAAGAAAAAAAAAGAGCAUAAUUUGAAGAGGCUUGAGAGAAAACCUGCCUCUUAUAAGAACAUGAUCGCAGGCACCUCAUGUGUGAGAGACUCCAGUGCUCCUCAAGCUACAGCGGAAUAAAUCACACAGGGUCACAAUGUUGGGGAUCUGCUUGUGUUUGAGUAUCGCCGUCCACUUCGCCGUGUCUCAGGAAGCCGAAGCUCAGGACCCUGUCAUAUACACGUGCACUGAAGGUUAUGAAUUUGACUAUGAAAAACAAAGCUGUAAAGAUAUAGAUGAGUGCAAGACAGUGCAGGAAGCCUGCAAAGGGGGCAUGAAAUGCGUAAACCAUUUUGGUGGCUACCUCUGCCUUCCCCACAAUGCUCGGAUAAUCAUCAGUAACGGCGAGGAUGAGCCCACUACCGCCCCACCUGUGGAAAGGAUAGAUGUGCAGCCCGGCAUACCCCCCAUCUCCAGGGAAGAUUACUCAAGGGUCAUUCAUAGCUCAACACAUACACUCCAGUGUGGUGUGGGUUUCAUGUCAGACUCUCAGAACUACUGCAGAGAUGUGAAUGAAUGUCUAACCGCAAACCCCUGCCAACAUAAGUGCUACAAUCUGAUUGGCUCUUAUCUCUGCCAAUGUGAAGUCGGAUAUGAACUGGCUUCAGACUCCGUCUCCUGCCAAGAUAUCAAUGAGUGUGAAUUCUCAAACUACAUCUGCCAGUUCCAGUGUGUGAACCAGCCCGGCGGAUACCAGUGUGUGUGUCCUGACGGAUACCAGCUCCAAGGGACGCGGAUGUGCCAAGAUAUAAACGAGUGUGAAACAGCACACAACUGCAGAGAAGAUGAAAUGUGUUGGAAUUACUAUGGAGGAUUCCGUUGCUAUCCCAGAAACCCCUGCCGUGAGCCAUACGUCAAAACAGGCGAAGGACGCUGUAGGUGCCAGUCACCAAGUGUUUGCAGAGGACUGCCGCCUGUCAUUGUCUACAAGUACAUGAGCAUCUUUUCUGAACGCUCAGUGCCUGCGGAUAUCUUCCAGAUUCAAGCUACCAGUGUUUACCCCAACAUGGUAAACACAUUCACCAUCAAAUCCGGCAAUGAGGGAGGAGAAUUCUACCUGAGGCGCUCCAGUAAUGUAAGCGCCAUGUUGGUGAUGACCAAACCUUUGACUGGACCUAGAGAACAUGUUCUGGACCUGGAGAUGGUCACCCAGAGUAAUGUCUUGAGCUACCGUUCCAGCUCACUGCUGAGACUCACCAUUAUUGUGGGUCCAUACCCUUUCUAAAUCAUCUAGAUUGACUGAAUCAGCACCUUGGUUUUAUGUUUGUACUGCAGCUUACCAUGUUUAAAAUGUUCAACACAGCAUGGCUACCUGAUUGUGGUCUAGAUCAGUGUUUCUUAACUGGAUGGUUGAGACCCAAAAAUGUAUCAGAAACCAAUUCUAAAUCAACUAAUAGAUAUAAAUGUUUGAUUUUAAGGUUUUAUAUGUGUUCACAUUUGUAUGAUGUAUCUUUUGUAUAAUAAAUUUUAAUACUGUGUUGGGUCGCCAAUUAAUGUCCAUUGUAAAAUGUAGGUCUUGAUACAAAACUGGCUGAGAACCACUGGUCUAGAUAGUUGUAUAUUCACUGGGUUUCCAACAGGAAUUGGUUUAUUAAUCAUAAAAUGUAGGUUGUCUGGUUUACUGAAGUUUUCAAGUAAAUUCUACUUUGGAAAAUGAAAGACAAGGUCAGAGAGGGUGACAUGAAGACCAAGAAAUAUCUGAAAAACAACACAGCUGGAUACCAGAAGGAAACAGUUGCUCAAGUUUCAUUUUGAAAAGCACUUAUAGGUUAUUCUUUGUCUUGGUAGAAAGAGGUUUGCAAGAUUCUGCUGCAUGUCAGUCUUUUAAAUGGAUAGUUCAUCUAAAAAGUGGGUCUAACAUUAUUUACUUAUGUUGUUGUAAAGUCAUAUGACUUUCUUUCUGUAAAACACAUAAGAUGAAGUUUAACAGAAUGUCCAGUUGCUUGUUUCCAUACAAUAAACAU